CAUGAAUGUUGCUUUACCACAGAAACAAAGACAACGAAAAUAGAAAAAAUAUCUGAUAGCUAAAAAUUCUUUAAUGGACAAACUACAUCAGCUCUAUCCAUUUAAUCGCACCUUUUGCCGCUUUCCCCUUUUCUUCCCUGAAUAUCCUGCUGCCCUUUUCCCUCCGACUGCUAUCCAUACUAUCUGCAACAUCUGCCGUCGACUGUUAUCAGAAAAGCUCUAUCUCAACCUAAGAUCCAACUUAAGAUUUCCCGACAAUCUGUAGCUCAGGAACAGAAAUAAAAUCGAUAUAGUAUUUAUUUUUAAACGUUUCUAUUUGUACACAAAUAUCUCAUCACCGCGCUCAGGGAAUUAUGUCGCUACUGUCGAAAGCCAAGAAAAUCGUAUGCAUUGGCAGAAACUAUGCUGCUCACAUCAAAGAGCUGAACAAUGCCGUGCCCAUUGAACCGUUCUACUUUCUCAAGCCCUCCUCAAGCAUUGUCGAACCAGGCAAGGGCUCAAUCCAGAUUCCCGACAAAGUCUUAGCCCACUACGAGGUUGAAUUGGGUCUUAUUAUGGGAGACAAGCUGAAGGCUGGCGCGAGCGUCCCCGACGACACUGCCAUGGCUGCCAUCGGCGGAUACUUUGUCGCCAUUGACAUGACUGCACGUAACGUUCAGGACGCAGCCAAAAAGAAAGGUCUUCCCUGGACCAUCGCCAAAGGCUACGACACGUUCCUGCCUGUGGGACCCAUACUGCCCAAAACAGCAAUCCCCGACCCACACAACGUCAUUCUCGAGCUCCUCAAAAAUGGAAAACGCGUUCAAUACGACAACACCUCGCUCAUGCUGAACCGCAUUCCCCGCAUCCUGAGUGCCAUCACCGAAUCCAUGUCGCUUGAACCAGGCGAUCUUGUCCUGACAGGCACACCCAAAGGCGUUGGUCCCGUCUCACCCGGCGAUGUCCUCGAGGCCAAGCUUCGUGAUGCCUCUGGAAACGAGAUUUCCCAGAGCGGCUUCUCCAUCAACGCCGUUGCGCGGUGAUGGAAAGAAGAUCCCGUCCUGUUACAUGCACCAUUCUUUUGUUUCAUAGCCUGUCAAUAUUUACUGCUGCCUCC